AUGGAGCAGGAGGCGUCGCCGUGGGGCCUCGAGUCCCAGGAUGUGCACAGUCCUGAUGAAACGGGGAGCCUCGAAGGGUCCCUCAAAGGCAACGUAAGUGAUAAUGAGGAAGAGGACAUUUCUCAGCAAGAAGGCCCUGGGGACUAUGAGGUUGAAGAGAUACCAUUUGGACUUGAUCCCCAAAGCCCAGAGUUUGAGCCCCAGAGUCCCAGAUUUGAGCCGGAAAGCCCUGGUUUUGAGACCCGGAGCCCUACUUUUGUGCCCCCAAGCCCAGAAUUUGCACCCAGAAGUCCUGAAUCAGAUUCUGAGAGCCCUGAGUUUGAAUCCCAGAGCCCGGGGUAUGAACCCCAAAGCCCUGGAUAUGGGCCUAGGAGCCCAGGAUACGAGCCUCGGAGUCCUGGGUAUACACCACGGAGCCCUGGGUAUGAACCCCAGAGCCCUGGGUGUGAAUCCCAGGGAACAGAAUAUGCAUCUCAGAGCCCUGGAUUUGAAACCCAGAAUCCAGAGUUCAAAGCCCCAAGUCCCAAGUUCGAAGCAAAAAGUUCCAAAUUGCAGGAAGGUGCAGAGAUGCGACUAAACCCUGAAGAAAAGAAUUCCCUGAGCAUCCCCUUGGGGGUCCACCCUCUGGACUCUUUCACCCAAGGGUUUGGGGAGCAGCCCUCGGAGGGCCUGCCUCUUGGUCCACCCUUUGAGAUGCCCACAGGCACCCUGCUGACUCCACCCCAGUUUGAGAUGCUCCAGAAUCCCCUGGGUUUGACAGGGUCCCUUCGGGGUCCAGGUCGGCGAGGUGGCCGCGCCCGGGCUGGGCAAGGCCCUCGACCUAACAUCUGUGGCAUCUGCGGGAAGAGCUUUGGGCGAGGCUCCACCCUCAUCCAGCACCAGCGCAUCCACACGGGUGAGAAGCCCUACAAGUGCGAGGUCUGCAGCAAGGCCUUUUCUCAGAGCUCUGACCUCAUCAAACACCAGCGCACCCACACGGGCGAGCGGCCCUAUAAGUGUCCCCGUUGUGGCAAGGCCUUCGCCGACAGCUCUUACCUGCUCCGUCACCAGCGUACCCACUCGGGCCAGAAGCCCUACAAGUGCCCCCACUGUGGCAAAGCCUUUGGCGACAGCUCCUACCUCCUGCGGCACCAGCGCACCCACAGCCACGAGCGGCCCUACAGCUGCCCCGAGUGUGGCAAGUGCUACAGCCAGAACUCGUCCCUCCGCAGCCACCAGAGAGUGCACACCGGGCAGAGGCCCUUCAGCUGUGGCAUCUGCGGCAAAAGUUUCUCCCAGCGCUCAGCCCUCAUCCCCCACGCCCGCAGCCAUGCCCGGGAGAAGCCCUUCAAGUGCCCAGAGUGCGGUAAGCGCUUCGGCCAGAGUUCGGUGCUGGCCAUCCAUGCGCGCACACACCUGCCGGGCCGCACGUACAGCUGUCCUGACUGCGGCAAGACCUUCAACCGCUCGUCCACGCUGAUUCAGCACCAGCGCUCGCACACGGGCGAGCGGCCCUACCGGUGCGCCGUGUGUGGCAAGGGCUUCUGCCGCUCGUCCACGCUGCUGCAGCAUCACCGCGUCCACAGCGGCGAGCGGCCCUACAAGUGUGAUGACUGUGGAAAGGCCUUCUCUCAGAGCUCCGACCUCAUCCGCCACCAGCGGACCCAUGCGGCAGGCCGGCGCUGA